GUUUGAAUGAACGUGCUGAGCUGUGAGCCGAGGCUCCGUGGUGCUGAAAGGACAGCUCCUCUGCUCUCUGACACCUGCAGACAUGUUCACCAGGAUGUUAAAACUGAGACUUCUCAAUGCUGUGGCACCUGCAUACUUCUUCACAGCUACAGCAGUCACCUUCAUUUUGCACUUCUGCUUUUUCAUCCCAACGAUAUUCCCAAACCCGGACACAUCACUGAGGGGGUCUACAACUCUUCACACAGUUGUUUUCCUUUUCUUGAUGUUCAAUGCACUGGGGAAUUACAUAAUGACUAUCAAAUAUCCUGCUGAAAGUGCCAACGAGACUGUGGUUCCAGUGUGCUCACCACACUGCUCGGACAAAGUGGACGCUCACUACCUCCUGAACGGCCGUCACUUCUGCAAACUGUGCAAGAAGGUUAUUCUCAAGAGGGAUCACCACUGCUUUUUCACCGGAAACUGCAUCGGCAACAAAAACAUGCGCUACUUCAUCAUGUUCUGCAUCUACACAUCAUGCACAUGUUUGUAUUCUCUGGUUCUCGGUGUGGCCUUUCUAACAGUGGAGUACUCCAUCUCCUUUGAAAACCCGCUGACCUUCCUGACUCUUCUCCCCCUCUCCACUGGCUACUUCUUCAUGGGAACAAUCUCAGGCUUGCAGCUGUUCGUGGUGCUGAUGCUGUACGUGUGGCUGGGCAUCGGCCUGGUCUGCGCAGGCUUCUGCUGCCAGCAGGUCCUGCUGGUGGCACGGGGACAGACCUGGUGUCAGAUGCAGAGAGGGCAGCUUGUGGAGAACCGCAGCCCCUGGAGAACCAACCUCAAGGAUGUUUUUGGUACCCGCUGGAUCCUCGGCCUUAUCCUGCCCGUGCAGACAGUGGAGAUGUGCUCUGACGACACAGAUGCACACAAACAAGACUGAGUGAUGACUACAGGUCAUAUCAAUAGCUUCCAAUAGCUCACACAAGCAGCACAAGUUGUAGAAAAUGCUUUCUUGGGAUCCAUGUGGUGAUUAAUUCUAAAUACUAAAUGGCUGCUUUAUGACUUCUAAAGUAGUCCAUGAAAUAGUUAGCUGUUAGCAUACAUUCCUUUAAGGACAGGAGCCAUAUAAGCAAUGUGAAACUUUUGAAUAAGUGCAUAGUGUAAGUUUAUCCUUUAAGUAGCUUUUUACAAGGCAAUAUUAAAGACAAAUAAAUUAGUUGUUUUUGAGGUACAACAGUUUUACAUGCACUACUACAUGCUUACAUUAAAAAUGCAUGCAUUCACAGCUUUGCAAAUUUGUAUUAUGCUUUUGAUUUGACCGCCGCAUGGCAGUGCUCUGAGAUUAUUGGUCAAAGUGUAUUGCUCUUCCAGACUUCCUUGUAGGAUGCUACAAUGUGACAUUCAGGAAAUUAGUUUUUACGACAAUAAUUCACUUUGACGUUAAGGGCUAGCAGACAGAGAAAACUACAGUGUCUAUAGCAUCAACUGCCAGGCUUGACACCACUGUUUAGACAAUAAACUGUUACAUGUUGUUGAGCCUGAUGUUUUCUACUCAAAAGAAUGUGACUCAGACAGUUUGAUGAAGGUACAGUCAUCUGCUCCUUUAUAAGAAUGGAGGGACAAGGAAAAUGUGAAGAUGAUUACCAUAUUAUUAUCCAGGGUAUUAUUCACAAUGUGCCAUAAUAUUGUGUCUUACAUGCUUACUGAUGACCCCAAAGAUGAGGUAUUCACUAAACCACUAAUGAUAGGGCCCUCUGUAUAAGAAUAGUAAGGACUUUUCACUGUUAUGCUGCUGCUAGAGCUACUGACAUAUUCAAAAUCAUGUGAAAGAUGUUUUGGAUUUCAAUAAGUAUACUUUUUAGAGCUAUUUUGUCUAUU